AUGGCUUUGAUUUACACAAAGAUGUUCAUCAUAAUAACCAUAACUGCUGCUAUAUUGGCAACUGGAUCGAGCAAUGCAGACUUUCGAAAGGGUCCCGGAAAUUGGAACUUUGGGUUCAAUCAUACCAAUGAUCCAUUUAGACACACGAAUCCAAUUCAAAACGAUAGAAGGAUUAUUGUCGGUGGAUCUGAAAAUUGGCAUUUCGGGUUUAAUUACACUGAAUGGGCUAGGACGAAUGCUCCAUUCUUCUUCAAUGACACUCUAGUAUUCAAAUUUGAUCCACCUAGCGAUAGCAAUGCACAUCCACAUAGCAUUUAUUUGCUACCGAAUUUAUGGAGUUUUUUGAGGUGCGACCUAAGAUGGGCGAAACGCGUUGCAAACACAUCACAAGGCGGAGGAGAAGGGUUUGAGUUUGUGCUCAACAAGUGGAAGCCAUAUUACUUCGCUUGUGGAGAAAGUAACGGUUUCCAUUGUCAAUCAGGAAUGAAAUUUUUUGUAAUGCCAUUGUUUCGUUGGUACUAGUCCUUUAAACGUUUGAUUUGGUACACUUGAAGAAAGAUGAAUCAGUUGUUUUUGUUUUAGGUUUUUGCCAAUUUAAAAAAUAAGAAAAUAAGUGAAUUUUGAUUGUAUUAAGUACACG